CGUUCAGUCGAAGGGGAACCUGCUGCAGAUUACGUCGCCGCUCAUUCUGAGAGAAAGAUGCUGUGCUUCUUGUAGGAGGAAAACUUCCAGCGGAAAUCGUCGACGGGAAGAAAAACAGCAGCAAACUCAGCCCACCGAGAUGCCGGUUUUCAAAGUAAACAACAACGCAAUCAACCAAACGGGACCGUUCCGGCCACCAUGGGUGCGGCAGGACAGCAUCCCGCAGGUCAACAGCAGCGUGCCGCCGUGGCGAAGACAGCAGACCGUUGACAAGGACAGUCCACCGGCCGAAGAGAAGAAGCCCGAGCCUUCGCCCCAACAGCCCCGCAAGCAGAGCAAAAUCGAAAUCAUCCCUUCGCUGCCGACCAACAACAACAGGAGCAACUCGGUGUUGGCGGUGCCGCCCUCGUUGCCGGCGCCACCGCGCGACCCCACGUUGGCCACCCCCAAGAAAGGGGAGCAGCAAAUCCAGGUGUCGAGCCGCAAGGUGACCAAACCGAAGCAGGCCGAGGAGAACGGAGUGCAAAAAAAGAACGCGCUGAAUGAGGAGAAAAGCAAAAAGACAGUUGAGAAUAAGGAGAGUGCGCGGAAAAGUGAACUGAAUGAGGGCAAGACGCCGCAAAAAGCGCCACCCGUCAAAAGGCAGUCAACUGUGCAGGAGAACCAUGCUUCUAAGGAAGCAGCACCUCCUCCAGCAAAAAGCGCCCCGGAAAAACCAGCGGCAAAACCUGCACCCCCUAAAGAACCCGAAAAACCACCCGUAAAAGUCGCGCCUCCCAAGGAAACAGAGAGGCCCCCCAAACCUCCCCAAAAGGAGCCAGAAGCCCCCGCUCCAAAGGUGGAGGCGCCAAAAGCUGCACCUCCACCACCGCCUCCUCCAUCCAUGCCCCCAGCGCCGCCUCCACCUCCUACCAUGCCAGGCGGAGGUCAAAAGCCAGUCUCGGAGGUUAAAAAAGUGAAGUUGGAGUCCCUGAGGAGUCGACCUCGUCGUCGGCCCGACUGGAGUGAUAUGAUGAAGGAGGUUGAAAGUGGCGUUAGACUUAACCAUGUUGAAACCAACGAUCGCAGUAUGCCUUUAAUUCCCAAAACCAAGGCCAAAGGAAAGUUCAUUUACGAGUCGGAAAGAAGCCACAGCAACGUUCAUGUGAUGCUGUUGAAUCAAAUUCAGAGAGGAGUCAAUUUAAAACAAGUCAAAUGCAACGACAGGAGUAGACCGUGUUUGCAAGGUUUGCGCAAAUUCCGACGGCAACUGACAAUUGAAGAGAAACAGCAAAAAGUGGUCGAGCCGACCAGUUCGGAAGAUGAGCUGGACGACAUAGACAGAGUGCGCGACGACCUGCAGUCGACAAAGCAGAUGUUGCAGACAGAACUGGCCGAGAAAGAUAGACUGAAAACGGAGAACGCGCUGCUCAUGGAGGAGUUGGCCAAGCUGAAGGAGCAGAUGGCCGGGAUGGUGCGCGCGCCCUCCUCGGCGGGCGAGGACCCUGUGGUGGCGCAGCUCCGAAGAGAGGCGGAGGCCGCCAAGGCCGAGGCGGCCAAACAGGCGGGCAUGGCCUUAGAGGUCAGUCGCCAGCUGGGGAUGACGCAGGCCCAGCUGGAGGAUGCGCAGCACCGGUGCCUGUUGCUGGAAAAGCGCACCGGAGGGACAGUGCCGGAAACGGUUCAUUCAGGGACGCAGACGAUCGAACUACAGAGAACAGAGUCAAGGAAGGAGGAACCUGCGGAAGAGGAAAGUCCAGAGGAAGAAGAGGAAGAGGAAGAAACCGAGGAGGAGACCGAGGAGGAAACGGAGGAAGAGGAAGACGACGAGGACGCGGCCAAGCAGACGCAGGAAAUGCGCGAGUUCCGGAUGCAGCAGGCCAAGAUGCGCAGCCUGAAGGAGAAGCAGUUCAACGCACUGGACGAGAAACGGGCACUCAGGUUUCAGGUGAACAAUUUGCAGAAGGCGCUGCGGAUGGAGCAGAAGCGGUACUCGGCCCUGCAGCGGGAGGUGAGCAAGAUGACCAAGGAGGAGGCCGAGUCGGACGAAGAGGAGGAGGAAGAGGAGAGCAGCGAGUCCGAGUCAGAAACUGAAACCGAGAGCGAGGCCGAAAGCGAGCCUGAGGACAAUUCUGACCCGGUCCAGUUCCGCACAGAGGCUUUGAUUAAGAAGAACAAGGGACACGAAAACAGACUGGCCAUGAUCAAGAAGGGCAACUACAUGCUCAAGGCCACCGUGGACAAACUCAAGGAGAGUCUGGACAAGCAGCAGAACAAAACGCUGGAUGUGCAGCAAGAACUGAACACCAUCUUGUCCGAGCUGGGCUGAAUUGGCACGCGUCGGGCAAUUGCGAGUGAAUUUAUUACAAAAACAGACAGACUUGUUCUAAUUGAUUGUGCACUCUUAAUAUACUAUAUGGUUCUAUG